CGCAGGCUGUGGAACGGAACUUGUACGUGACGCUUCGAUUAAUGUAGGAACAAGAGAAAAACAAGAUCAUUUCAGCUAUCAGCUUUUUACAGUCGGACAUUUUAUGCUAUCCCAUCUUAUCAUGUAGACAAGGCGAACAACAAAAAACAUGAGGAAGACUACUAACACAGAUACAAAUGACUCUCAGGAAGCAGAAAAGCCAGCACCAGCCAAACGGACAGGAAAGAAAAGAUCGAUGAACUCAGACUUACAAAUUGCGCAGGAAGCAGAAGCUCUUCUUAAGGGACUGUCAACUCCAGACACUGAAAAUGAAGGCCGUCGGACAACAAGAUCUCGAACUCGAGGCUCAACCACACCUGUUGCCACCCCUCCGCCACCUAAAAGAGAACGCAAGUCGGCAUCUGGAACCAGAGGAGGUAGAAGAGGGCGGCCGAAGAAGGAAGAAGUAGAAGUAGAAGAGCCAGAAGAAAAUGAUACUGCAGAAGAAGAGAAGAAAGAAGAAAAUAAUGUUGACGGAAAGGAAAACAAUGUUGAUGCUAAAAAGAAAGACGAAGAACCAGAAGAGAAGGAAGAAAUAGACGGUGCAGAAGAAAGCACAAAAGAACCAGAAGCAAACUCGGAAAGUGAGAAAGAAGUCUCGACAACCGUUGCGGAAGCAGGGGAAAAAGACAAGAGCAAAGAGGAGAAACCAGAACCAAUGGAAGUCGACGCAACUGAUGCACCUUCAAAACCAACUCCUACACCAACCCCUGAAUCAAAUAGUUCUUGUGUCAAGAGUGAAGAAAAAAGUAAAGAGCCGGAAAAGAAAGAAGAGAAGCCAGUUGAACCCCCAGUAGAAGAAACUAAAAAAGAAAAUACUGAAAAUACAUCACCAGUUGUUGAAAGCGGAGACCAAAAACCUGCCGUAGAAGAAGAAAAGUCAGUUAAAUCAGCUGUUUCAGAGGAAAGUGCACCUCCGAAAACAGAAUCAGACCCUGUGUCAGAGCCUGUUAGCUGUCCGUUAAUCCCUCCCACGGCGAACUAAACUUCCUCAUUCUCUGUUGACUGCAUUUUGUACAUUAUUUCCUGAUUCCAAAAAGUUCAUCUGUAGUACUAAUGACGCAAGUUUUUUUGUUCGUUUUCCUUUAUUUCAUGUCGAAAUUGUAAAGAAGAGCACGUUGAAUCUUACCAAAAUUGAACUGGAAACUACGUAUUAUAUUUUGAAUCAGCUUGUAACUAUAACUAAUCUUUAUUAAGAGGCUUCGGUCCUCUUUAUGUAAUAUUUUUAAACCCAUAAUUUUACACUAUGAUGUUAAUGUCUAGUAAAUUAAUGUUGCAUCUUGUCCUACGAGGCUAAUUCUUUACUUUUUGUCUGUGGGUAGCGUUUGACCGAAAUCCUUGUACAUUAAUUUCUUUUUGUCAAGCGCUCCUCAUGGAUCUCUCAAUUCUGAUCAAGAAGAUAAACCUCUUGAUCCUAGCUACUUUCUCUUGAUGAGAUAUAUUUGAAAGUUUGUGAACAACAUCAUACACGAGAGUAAAGAAUCAGAUCUCCUUGAUAUAUUUCUCAUUACUAGGUUUUCCUCAUUUUGAUUUUUUUAAGCUGAUGUUAAAUUUUUUCUUUUACAUUAUUUUACUUUUCCUUUUCCCUUAUUUCAAGGAAUUUUGUUCUUUCUUUCAAUGUGUUAUAAACUUCAGAUUUUGUGUUUGUGUAUGAAAGGGGGAAAAUUUAUUCAGAAUAAAUAAGUCAUUUUUAUUGUAA